AUGGGGAGCAAUAUGCACUUAUCGGACGGAGAUGGCUUACGAAGAUAUUUGUUUGCGGAGAUGUCAUUUGCUUUCUUCUCCUCGGCGGUGAUAUCUAACUUUAUUGUAGGUGGUGGCAUGCUAGCCUCUGCAAAGACGAACAAGAAAGAAUUCGAUCUGGCCAACAACAUCAUCAUCGGCGGACUUGUACUGCAGUUGUUGUGGUUUGGCCUUUUCGUUGUCAUAGCCCUCAUAUUUCACCGUCGAAUGAUGCUCGCCCCAACAGCUCGAAGCUACCAAUCCGAUAUAAAAUGGAGAAGCUAUCUUCACGCUCUAUAUGUUGCCAGUGUGCUCAUUAUCGUGCGGAAUAUCUUCCGACUUAUCGAGUAUUGCCAGGGCAGCAAUGGUUAUUUGCUGACUACGGAGGUCUUCGUCUAUUGUCUUGACGCCUUGCCUAUGUUCUUGGUUGUUGCUUGGUUUCUCUGGAAGUACAUUGGAGAAAUCAGUGAACUGCUUCGAAGAAAACAGUCAUAUGGACAUGCAAUGCACGAGAUUUGA